AUGAUUCCACCACUCGAAUGGCAAUUGAUCCAACGUGAGGAUCCAGAAAUUGGACGAGUAAUCGAGAUCUUGACUCGCCAAACUACUGGAACUGGCAACGUGAAUGAUGGGAACACUAUGGUUAACCGGUUGUUGAAAGAAAAACACCGCCUUGUGUUCAAGGAUGAAAUUUUGUUUCGGGAACGCCUGGUAGAUGGUGCAAAACUAAAACAACUUGUGGUCCCUCGUGCUAUGCGAAAGCGUAUUCUCUGUGGGUUACACGAUGACGUCGGACAUCUUGGCAGAGAUAAAACCAUUGACCUGGUCUGCCAACGUUUCUACUGGCCCGGGAUGACAGCGGACAUUGAAGUCCACAUUCGUGACUGUCACCGUUGCCUCUUGCGGAAAGCUGCUGACCCUCCACGUGCUCCUCUGGUGCCAAUCUUGGCGUCAGAACCUAUGGAACUCCUAGCUAUCGAUUUUCUGAGUAUUGAAAUGGGGAAGGGAGGAUAUGAAGAUGUGUUGGUCGUGACGGACAGCUUCACAAAAUAUGCUUGGGCCUUUCCGACUAGGAACCAAAAGGCCACAACUGUCGCCAAG